AACAGUGGAUGUGCGUGACGAUGGAUCAGCCAAGUGCGAAGCUUCCUCUUUUCAAAUCCUCAAACUGUCGAGCAUUUUGAUUCUUCUUUAAAUCAAAUGCGACUUCAGGCUGAUGUUUUCAGCUUCUCUACAGAAACAACACACCCAGCAUGACAGCCAUCAGGAUGGAGGUGCCACUGGGCAUAUUCAUCUGUUUUAGCCUGACUCUCUCUCUGACUCUGACUCAGACCUCUGAGAAACCAACCUGUAAUGACUGCGAUGAAGAUCAUUUCUGCAACUGUCGUGCCAAGAACCUCCUCCGUGUACCCAUAGUUCCAGAUGAUGUUCUUUCCCUGGACGUGUCCUUCAACAAGAUCGAGUCCAUCACUCAGAGGGAUCUGACCUGCUACACAGAGCUGAGAACUUUAAAUCUGCAGAAGAACAAACUCAGCACGAUCCACAAAGAAGCAUUUCAUACCCAAAGCAAACUGGAAGAGCUUGAUCUUUCAUUCAAUAACCUGAAAAACAUUUCCUCCCAGUGGUUUUCUGAGCUUCGGUCCCUGAAACAUUUGAACAUCUUCGGAAACCGGUACACCACUUUGGGAUCCGUUGCCCUGUUUCAAUUUGACGAAAACCCUGCACUGAGAACGUUACAGUUCGGUAACCCUUGGAUCAAGGAUGUGAAACAAAAUUUGCUGCGUAAUAUUAGACAGCUGGAUGAGCUGACGUUUGUCUGUGGUGACCUCAGAUCGUAUGAGAAUGGAAGUUUCCAGACGAUUCAACCCAUCAGAGCGGUGUCAGUCAGCCUUUCGCAGUUGUUUCAGGAUGAUCCAGCACUCGUAUCAAAGAUCCUUCGAGAUGUUUCUCACCCUGAGACAUCACUGACCAUUAGAGAUGUCUCACUGAAGACACAAGAACUGAUAGAACCCCUUAAAGAGGUGAGAGAAGGUUGCACCAGAAGUCUUACCUUUCAAAACAUAAUAACAACUGACGAGGCAGUCAGUCACCUUCUAGAGGUUUUGGACGGCUCUCCGGUGUCCUACAUUGGCCUUGAGGAUAUUUGUUUAAUAGGUCAGGGCUGGUGGGAAAAAGCGAGGAGAACACACCUAGAAAACCUGCACACGAUACAUAUCCGCAACAUAGAAAUCCAGGGCUUCUUCAAAUUUAGCAGCAUGAUCCAGUUAGCGUUCCUGUUGAAGCAUCUCACCAAGAUAUCCGUCGUCAACUGCACCGUUUUUGUUAUUCCCUGCCUGACCAGCUGUUUUCUUAAAAAGGUGGAGUACUUGGACUUGAGCCAAAACCUCCUAUCAGAUAUCACCAUGCAAGAAUCCCUAUGCAAUGGAGACAGCCAUAUGCGCAACAUUAACACUCUCAAUGUAAGUCACAACUCACUGAAAUCUCUCCAGCUCAUGUCCCACCUGGUCACGAGUCUCGACAGGUUGACAUCGCUAGAUAUGAGCCACAACAACUUUAUAAAAAUGCCACAGAGUUGCAGCUGGCCGGCAAGUCUCAGGUUUAUGAACCUCUCCACUACAAAACUUCACCGCGUAACCCCAUGCCUACCUCUCAGCCUGACCGUGCUGGAUUUGAGCCAGAACUUCCUAACACAGUUCCACCUCCAUCUUCCCAACCUUGUGGAGCUCUGGCUUACAGGGAACAGGAUUAUUUCCCUGCCGGAAGGUGGCCAAUUCCCCAGCCUUCGCACGUUGUUUAUUCAAAGCAACACGUUAAACAUGUUCAACAAAAGCGACCUGAUCGCGUUUCAGUCUCUCCAGGUCUUGGAAGCUGGUCAUAACCAUUUUUUUUGCAGCUGCGAUUUUGUAGAAUUCUUUAAAGGUUCUAUUGACCACUUGAUUACUCUGGGGGACGGACAUCGCAGCUACAUGUGCGACUCUCCGUUCAUGUUAAGGGGUCUUACUAUCGAUAACGCUCAACCGUCAGUCUUUGAGUGCUACAUGAUCCUGUUAGUAUCAGUCAUCUGCUCCGUCACCAUCAUCGGCGUGAUCGCCAUCGGGGUCACCUGCUACAAAUUUCAUGUCUUGUGGUAUCUACAGAUGAUGAUUGCAUGGUUAAAAGCAAAAAGUAAACCAUCCGUGCAAAGUGGCGGCGCUACUUUUCGCUACGAUGCUUUCGUAUCGUACAGCCAGCACGAUGCGGAGUGGGUGGAGGAAAUCCUCGUGCCAGAGUUAGAAAGCUCUGAAUCGCCGGUCGCUCUGUGUCUGCACCAGCGGGACUUCCUCCCAGGCCGCUGGAUCGCCGACAACAUCAUCGAGUCCAUCGAAAGUAGCUAUCGGACCCUCUUUGUCCUGUCGGAAAACUUCGUGACGAGCGAGUGGUGCCGAUACGAGCUGAACUUUUCGCAUUUUCGGAUCAUCGACGAGCGCAACGAUUCGGCCGUCCUGAUCCUGCUGGAGCCCAUCGCCAAGGAGACGAUUCCCAAGCGCUUCUGCAAACUGCGCAAAAUAAUGAACUCCAGGACGUACCUCGAGUGGCCUGAGGACGAAGAAAAGCGAGAGGAAUUCUGGCGCAAUCUCCGAGCUGCACUUCGAAGGGAAGACUCGUGAUGCUGAUUCUGAUACGUCAUGGAUCACACCUUCAUCAGAUUAAAAAAUUAUUAUGAGGUUUUAUUUUGUCUGUAAUUUAAGGUUCUGAGAUAUGACCGUGAAGACCUCUUACUUGUGAAUUUGGUGUAUAAUUUGCACUUAUUUACUGUUAGAGCUCAUUAUUCCUCAACUGAUCUACAGAAUACACUCAAACACAGAUUCAACCUCUGAUUAAAUUCUGCUCUCGAUAAACACAUGCUCUAUCUAUUUAAGGAUCUUCAGCAUCGGGGGCUUUCCUUUUUAUGGUUAGCUUCCUCAUAAAAUGGAGAACACACACGCAUGCACACAUCUUAUGAGUAAUUUUUCAGUUAUUCACUCAAUGAAACCUUCCUCAUGAUGGUUAGAUUUGUGUUGUCUUGUUUUAAUAUGAUUUUAUAUCACAGAAGGGGAAAGAUUAUUUAUAAUUCACUUGUGAAAAUAAACGCAGCAAGGAAUCAUUUCACAAAUGACUCUUUCAUUUUUUAACACGUCUGCUGUGUUCUGUACGUGUGAAAUGCAUUUCUCACAGUGAUGUUACCUAAUCGAGUGAUCAGCAGCUCCUUUAUCCACACCGCUGUUUAAACACGCUGUCUAGUGCAGAUUUAGCCCAGUACAUACUGUAGGCAUUUGGCCUUUCAUUCUCUUGCUAACUUCAUUAGCUGGCUAGCUUAUGUUAGUUCAUACGAUGUUAGC